AUGGUCUACUCAAAAGAAAAUAAUAGUUGUCUAACUAAAGUGCUUGUGGGUGUGAUCGGGGGUGUUGCUCUUUUUGAUUUUCAUGAUAUUUCUCAUUAUAUGGGGGUCAACUUAGGUAGCAUAGCCUCCUUCCAGGCUCCAAAUGCUGCCCUUCGACUGGCGCUCCUAGCGGUUGGCGUGUCUUCCUCUCUGAUAGUGCAAGCCGUGACCUGGUGGUCGGGAAGCAGUUUGCAAAGGUACCUCAGAAUCUGGGGAUUCAUUUUAGGACAGAUUCUUCUUGUUGUUCUCCGCAUAUGGUACACGUCGCUAAACCCAGUCUGGAGUUAUCAGACAUCCAACAAAGUGAUACUGACAUUAAGUGCCAUAGCCACACUCGAUCGCAUCGGCACAGAUAGUGACCGCACUAAACCCGAGGGAAAGAAGACUGUUGACACUACCACGGGGAUGGCCUCUAGACCCAGCUGGCCGUUGGCGGGGGCGGCCUUUGGUAGCCUUGUGUUCCUCACCCACUGGAUCUUUGGAGAGGUCUCCCUUGUGUCCAGAUGGGCCGUGAGUGGACAUCCCCACCCCGGGCCAGACCCUAAUCCAUUUGGAGGUGUAAUUCUGCUGGGCUUGGCAAGUGGACUGAUGCUUUCGGCCUGUUCGUGGUUUCGCGGUACUGCUCAUAGUUUGAUCUGGUGGGUUACAGGAGCGGCUUCCGCUGCGGGUCUCCUCUACCUGCGCACGUGGGCAGCGGCUGCGUCUGGCUGUGUGCUCGCUGUCUUCACCGCGUCCGUGUGGCCUCAAGUGCUCGGGCAACUUAUCAGCUGUGGGACAAGCCCUGGGAAGACCAUGACCACCGCCAUGAUAUUUUACCUUCUGGAAAUGUUUUUCUGUGCAUGGUGCACAGCUUUUAAAUUUGUCCCAGGAGGUGUCUACGCUCGAGAAAGAUCUGAUGUGCUUUUGGUACGUUCAAUAAUUUCAUAAAAAUUAUUAUUUUAAAAACAAAUUUAAUUUUUAAAAGUUUUGUGGCUGCUGGUUGGUGUGGGGUUGUUGGGAUUAGGACUACGGCAUAAAACCUAUGAGAGGAAAUUGGGCAAAGGGGCACCGGCCAAAGACGUCUCUGCUGCCAUCUGGCCUUUCCGGUUUGGAUAUGACAAUGAAGGAUGGUCCAAUCUAGAAAGAUCGGCUCUCCUGCUCGAGCAAACAGGGUUCUACACAGACUUUGGUCCAAGCACAAGGGAUCACACUUGGGGGAUUAUGGUUUUGUCGCGAUACCCCAUUGUGAGAUCGGAGCAUCACCUUCUCCCGUCACCAGAGGGCGAGAUCGCGCCAGCCAUAUCGUUGACUGUUAAUAUCUCGGACAAACUGGUGGAUUUCGUAGUGACACACUUUGGGAAUCACGACAAAGUGAUAUUUCUGGGAUAUAUCACGUCAGCGCCUGGUUCCAGAGAUUAUCUACAGCUCACUAGACAUGGCAAUGUGAAGGAUAUCGACAGCACAGAUCAUGACAGAUGGUGUGAAUAUAUUAUGUAUCGAGGGCUGAUCAGAUUGGGUUAUGCCAGAAUCUCCCGCGCUGAACUGAGUGAUUCCGAAAUUCAGAUGGCCAAAUUUAGGAUCCCUGAUGACCCCAUUCAUUACAGAGACAACCAGAGAGUGGUCAUAGACCACCGAGAAGUUCCCAAGAAAAUCCACUUUAACCCCAGAUUUGGAUCCUACAAAGAAGGGCACAAUUAUGAAAAUAACCAUCGUUUUCAUAUGAAUACUCCCAAAUAUUUUUUAUGAAAUAUUUAAAACAAGAAGUUAUUGGCUGAGCAAGCCUUAGAAAAAAAGCAUGUAAGAUAAAAAGAAGAGAUUAAUGAAAGUGGGAAAAUGCACACAAAGAACUUUUAAAAAGCAUGGUAUCUAAGCCGUGGGAAAUUCCAUCCAUUUAUAAAAUACGUGUUGCCUAAUAAAGCAUUUCUC